AUGGGUUUGGGAGACACUGAAGGUGUCUUGCCAACACAUUUCCUCCCCAAACUGGCCCUGGGGAUUCGCAAGUGUGGCUUCAAGAGCGCAGACAACUCAAAAGCAAAAAAGUCCCCAGAGAAGAUGUCAACUCAGACAAACUCAAGCCCUGCCUCGCCGCUGGAUUGGCCGAGUUCUCCAACACAACCAUUCAAGAAGAUGAAGUGGGGGAUCCUGGAGCAGAUCAAGGAAGUCCGCCUGAUGCUUGCGGCUGAAGACAAGAAGAUGGGUGAUGAGGAAAACUCGGGUCAUUUUGUUACUGGACAAAAACAAGUUUCUCAACCAAUUGAAAGGCUAUUUUUUAUGAAGGAGAAAGAUGAUGUACAUGGUAAAGAACAACAUCAAGAGGGAACACCAGCAUUGCAUACCUUAUACUCAAAUUUGUAUGAUCCGCCUCUGUCAAGGAAAUCAGGGAAUUCGAAGGAACCAAAGAGCAUGCCUUCAGAACUGAAAUUCAGAAUAAUGGAUAAUGCUCCUGAGUCCAGUUUAGACUGCCGCUUGGAUAGUUUCCAAUACAGUGGCAAGUCCAGUGGCAUUCAUUUGCUGACAGAAAGGAUCAACACAUACUCCUGCAAAAGACACCAGGUUCCCUGGUCGGAAGAAGAGUUAGAUUUUCUGUGGAUUGCAGUGAGGAGGUAUGGAACGAGUAACUGGAAUGCAAUGCUGAGGGAUACCCGGCUACGGUUCUCAAGCUCAAGAAUGUCUGAGGAUCUUUCUGAACAAUGGAGCAAGGAGCAAAAGAAACUUCUAUCUGUGGACCUUCAAUCAAUCAGAGCAUCUUCUCUAGGUUCUACACCGCCACCCCAUAUAGCUGAAGAUUAUGCUGGAAGCAAUUCCUGCACCGGAAGCUCAAAGUCUCCAUUUCUUGCAGCCCAAUCAGGCCUUUCCUUGGGCGAGGUGCACCUUCAGAAUGCUCAUGCUUUGGAUAGAGGCCAGCAUUAUUUGUCAAGCCUUGGCAGGUUUAACCUUCAUGGAGUCAACAAUGUGCCAAGAAAUUUGCCUCUGGGAGGCUUCCCUGGUUCUUCCUCACAGGGGAGAAAUGGGAGCAGGCGUAGGAAGACAACCAAGCUUGAAAAGUCAUACUAUGACAACAGGUCACACUGGUGCCAAGAACCAUCAGAGAGGACGUCGUCUAUGCUCCUUCCCAUCAAUCAACAACCAAUGAACAGCCUUUCUCAGUGGCCUACCAAGGGCGCCGACACCGGUAAAAGCUGGCCCAACCCCGAGAUGUGGUCAAGCGCAUCGCAGGCGCUAGGCCGGUCCACUGCAGAACCACUGCAUGACAACCUGAGAGCUGCCCACUUUCUGUUCCCUGACGACAAGAAACCACAUGACAUGCCAGACAUCUUUGAAGCUGGCGCUGAAAUGGAAAGCGGAGUGGCGCAGUCUAGCAAGAAGCUUUUCUGGACCAGCGGUGACACCUUGGUUCAAAACCAGAGGGCCGCUGCUAUAGCGGCAGGGCCAAGCGGCGCCGACCCGAGCGACACCGGCGCAUCGUCUGAAGGGACGGUGUCUGAUAGCUGA